AUGGAUAACCAAUCAGUCGUCACUCUACUCAAACAAUUGAUGGAAAUUCCAUCUACAAGUGAAGAAGAGAAUACCAUCGGUAUAUUCCUAGAGGAACAUCUUCAAUCACUGGGUUAUACCGUCGAACGAAUCCCCAUCAGCCCCGAUAGCACUCGAUGCAAUGUCUACGCCUACAUCGGACCAUCUCGCAAGACCCGAGUCUACACUAUCUACGGACGUGGCGCAUGUGAUGAUAAAGGUCCACUUGCCGCCCAAAUUACCGCACUCGAAGAGUUACGCAAAGAAAGCCUCGUUCAGCCGGAUGAUGUAUCUCUACUCUUUGUCGUUGGCGAGGAAAAAGGUGGACCGGGCAUGCUUGCUGCCAACUCAAUGGGUUUAGCCUGGGAUGCUGUGGUAUUUGGCGAGCCCACGGAAGGUAAACUUGCGGUUGGCCAUAAAGGUCACUUUGUGUUUGAGCUCGUUAGCGAGGGGAUCCCUUCGCACUCUGGCUAUCCACAUCGAGGACGUAGUGCCAUUUCGAACAUGACGUCCCUUCUGGCGGACCUGGAGAAGAUUGAAUUUCCUUCUUCUGACAUUAUUGGACCGUCUACAUUCCACUGCGGGCAGAUUAAUGGAGGUGUGGGAUACAAUAUACUGGCUGCAGAAUGUACCGCACUCUGCGCGGUUCGCGUGGCUAGCGACUUGCCUCUGAUUGAGCGAUUGAUCGAGGAGGCUGUUUCUAAGUAUGAGAAUAUACGAUUGGAGAAGAAAUUCAUGUAUCCCGAGCUGUACUUGGAUCAUGAUGUGCCUGGGUUGGGUACAAUGGCUGUGGCGUUCGGCACGGAUGCGCCACGCCUAAAGGGCGACCAUAAGAAAUAUCUUUAUGGACCGGGAUCAAUUUUGUUGGCUCAUGGAAAAGAUGAGCAAAUUGGUAUAUCUGAGCUGCUGGAGAGUGUUCAAGUGUACAAAAAGAUUGUGAAACACUAUCUGGGAUUGUGA